CUACUGGGAAAGUGACGUAGUUCCGGCGGGGUCCUGACUAUUAAACACUUUUCGCGCCAACAUUGAAAGAGCAGCUCCGCGUCUGGUCCAGCGCAACAAUAUUAAAAAUCGCUUUCAUUGAAAAACAAAGCGAAGUAAAGCUAUCGAAUCAAAAUGACAGAGGAGGAGAAUCUGGACAUGUUGCUGUCUUUAUUUGCGGAGAGUGAGGGACAGGAACAGGAGACUCCGGCCGCUGGAGAGGGCAGUGACAAUCUGGACGACCUCUUCGAUGAGGAUGAUGAUGGUGAUCCCUAUAUUGAGCCGGAGGAGGAAGGUGAAGAUGAUGUGGCGCCUGGGAACUCCAGCUCAGCUGAAGGGGACAGUGACUUGAAUAAGUCCAAGGAAGAUCUGGAAGCCGAGCUGAAAUUAAUGCAGCAGAAGAUGCAAAAACUACAGCAGCAGCUGGAGGCCUCGCAGAAAACCACACAGCCUGAAAACAAACCCUCCGUCCAGAGACAGACAAGCACUAAGUCCUUAACAGUACCUCAGGGGGGUUUGAAAACUCCCCCACCAACAGGACGGGACAGCGAUUGCUCUCCUCCAUCAGAUGUCACAGCAAAGCUGAAAAACAAGCAGAGGACGGCCCACCACACCAAAGCAGCCACUUCAGUAAGCCGGCCUUCUUCUGGCCAGAGUAUGAUCGACUUGCCAUCUCAGCCAGUAAGAGACGCUACGAAAGUAAGCCGCACGUUGAAGUCUCCGCCCCCUCUCAAGACUCCUCCCACUGUGUGUCAGGCCACGCCCCGUCAAUCGGUCAGUCAAGAGGUUGCCGUGGAGAAGUUCUCAGGUCUCAGACUCAGGAAACCACGCUUGGCUUCCAUAGACAUUGAGCAAAAAAUGGCCAACCGCAGACUGAUCAAGCUCUCUCAGUUGCCCGAUCGACUGGCCAGGGACAAUUUAGAGAACAGCGACUGGGUCACUUUCGCAGUGCUGAUAAAUAAAAUCACCCCACAGAGCAAAAACAAUGGGAAAACCUUCAGCAUCUGGAAGCUGAACGAUCUUCAUAAUUUGGAAGUGAAUGUGUCUCUCUUCCUGUUCGGGUCUGUUCACACGGAUCUGUGGAAGACUGACACUGGGACAGUGAUUGGCAUCCUCAAUCCCAACCCAAUGAAGAACAAGGAUGGUUCCAGUGAGCUCUGCCUGACAGUGGAUCACCCACAGAAGGUCCUUAUAGUGGGAGAAGCCAUGGACUUUGGCACUUGCAAGGCUAAAAAGAAGAAUGGAGACUCUUGCACUCAGCUAGUCAACUUAUAUGAAUGCCAGUACUGCCAGUACCACGUUAAAGCCCAGUACAAGAAAAUUAGCUCGAAAAGGGCAGAGCUUCAGUCCAGCUUCACAGGCUCCGCCCCUGGCAAAGGAAGGGGGCGGGGUAGUUUGAAGGAGCGCCUGUGCAAAUCUGACUUCCACUACGGGGGCAUGUCCUCACUCGCCUGUGCGCCCUCAAUGUCUGCCCCACAGCCAAAGAAACAACCCACUAUACAGUCUGUUUUGGCAUCCAUCCCAACAAAGAAACUUGUUCUGGAUUCAGGUGAGGUGUCGGGCUGUUCAGAUGACUUCAGAGGCCUGAUAUCUAUGCCGACACCUGGAGCGCUUAAUAUUAAAAAGCAUUUAGGACAAGCCAAGAAUACAGCUGUUGCAGGAUCUUCAGUUCAGUCUAUAUCUGCGUCUGAUCUUCUCAAGCAGCAGAAAGAAGAGCUUCAGCAGAGAAUAUUGGCUCGAAAGAAGAGGGCGGAAGAGAUUCAGAAGAGGGUGCUCCAGAGUAGUGCUCCAUCUCGGCCAAAUGUAAGCAGGGGUCCCUUGCUCUCCCCGAAAGCAGCCUCGCAGGUUCCGAAAGGGUCACCUGGCCUCACGUCUUGUCUCUCAGGCCCUCCUGUGCCCACUCUAGGCCGUGGCUUUUCAGAAGGAGAAGACAUCUUCCUUGAUACAUCUCCACCUUCAUCAAAGAGCUUCUCUGCCACAAAGUUGGCGGCAGUGAGGAAACUCCAAGCUAAAGGCUCAAUAAUCGUUAAAGAUGACCCGAAUGCUGUAAAACGCAAGCGAACCAACGGUGAUGACAUCACAGAGCGAGUGGCGCGUAGUCUCUCCACACCUACAGUAUCAGAUGAAAAUUCAGUUGGUGAGGAGGAGGAGCCAGCUCAGAAAAAGAGGCGGGAACAGCAAGAGUAUAUCCAAUCGAAGGAGUUUCAGCGUAUCCUCAACGCCAAGUCCUCAAACUCAUGGAUGAUGGGAGAGAUUGAGGAAAGGGCCAUGCAGGAGUAUUUUGAGCCGCUGGUGCAAAAAGAGAAGAUGGAGGAGAAGAUGAGGAGCAUCCGGGAGAUGAAGUGUCGAGCCGUCACCUGCAGAACCUGUAAAUACACCCACUUUAAACCAGCGGACCGCUGUGUGGAAGAGAAACACGACUACCAAUGGCACGACGCCGUCAAACGCUUCUUCAAAUGCCCCUGUGGCCAGAGAAAGAUCUGCCUGGCACGGAUGCCACAUGGAGCCUGCAGCCAUUGUGGCCUUUUUAAGUGGGAAAGAGAUGGCAUGUUAAAGGAGAAAAAGGGACCCAAAAUAGGAGGGGAACUACUGUUGCCACGUGGAGAGGAACAGUCCAAGUUCCUCAACAGUUUAAAGUAGAGUCAGCUGUCCCGUGUGCAGCCUGAGCCCAGUUUGACACGGAAGAGGACGCUUGGAUCAUGUCUUCAGAAUCAGAAAGGGGCUUCAGCGAUAUAUUUGGUCGAUGUUAAAUGUCAUUUUAGUGCUUGUAUGCGGCCUAUAAAUGUUUUAAGUUAAGCUAUCAAGUCUUUUUAAAUGUAAAUAUUCUUAUGUACUGUUAUUUUAAUUCUAAACUUUUAUAUCAACCAUGUGAAGUGGCACAUCUGAAUUAAACCAUACUGAGUGAA